AUGUUCGUCAACGUCGAUAGUCCGCCAAAGCGACCCCCUGGUGCGCCCAGUGAGGAGUGUGACACGCUUGCACAUACUCAUCGGCCCCAGUGCUCUCAGGGAAGGCAGGAGUCUCCUGAUACAUCCCUGCUAUCGCGAGCUCCCAUAGUGAUGUGCGGUGGAGGCCUCAGUGUUCUCGGCGGUCUAGUUCCGCUGAGUGCAGGGUCCUGUGGGAGUCACAGCCCAGUCACAGGCGGUGGGGAGUACUCUUCCUCUCCAGUGAUCUCUCCUCAUGGACCGCCUGGAUUCGCCUCAUCACAGCAGUCGACAUGUAGCAGCUCUGAGACAUACAAGGGGCUGCUACUGUUCUCUCCUGACGCCUUGAGGGUCGCUAGUCCCAGUCGGAAAGAUAAAGUUACGGAUGCAACAGAAGAUAGAGCAGUAGUGCGUCACGCUGACUUUGUAGAUAAGGUGUGCCAGAGGGUCUGGACUGACUAUUGCAUACCGGCGAAUCGAAACGGCAUCGGUCCGGACGAUUUCGCGGAGAUUCGCGCUACAGCUAUGUGGUACUGUCAUCUGUUCUACGCGGUGCACAGUUUGAAGCGGUACGGCUGGCGACCAGUAGUGUUAGCGGCGACAUUCCUUGCGUUCAAGUCGUGCGAGAGGUCUCCGAUACGCUUGCGGAUGAAUCAACUUCUUGAUUGCUAUGAGAAGCUCGAGAGACAGUCGCGAUAUACCAGUCAGCGAGCACUUCAGAAGAUGGCGCAGGAUGUUUGCGAAAUGGAAGAAGCCAUAAUGUGUUUGACAGGAUUCGAGUUUGAUUUGAAUCUCCCACAUAAACACGUCGGCUCGAUAGUGAAGAGCGUCACAGGCGAUGGAGAGCUCAGGAAGAGACUACAGCAGAAGGCUGUAGCAUUUCUCAAUGAAGCUUUCAGGGGAAGGUCUGUUCUGUUCUAUCCUGGGGACGUACUUGCGUUUGCGGCGGUGAGCGAAGCGGCUGCAGCUGUGCUGGAACGAGACUCCGCGAGUGCUGUUGACAUCAGAAGGAAGCUGCAGCUCUUCCGUCCGGGGUUUGAUGUCGCAGCGGUUGUUGCCGCAAUGCACUCACAUGAGCAUCCGGUCGCCCGUAGAAGGAGGGCAGACAGCUCGAGUUCGGUCAGCGGAAACCAGAGCGGAUCUAGUGUGGCUGCGUGCAGUCCAUCUGCUGCUGUGGAGGGAACCUCUUUGAGAUUCGGCUCGCAGGCUUCAACUGCAGCAAUUUCAACUCCGAUGAAGCGUAAACGUUUCGAUGAAGAGCCGUCAUCUGAACCAUCGACACUCACUGCGUUAGACCUGGCCCUGUCGAGGGAGAUGCCACCCGCGCAGUGUACUAGAGCUGCUAUUGCAAGGCGAAGGAUGCUGCUGAUGGGGGGUGAGGCUGGGGGCAACACUCGUGGAGAGAACGUUAGGGACAGUGGGAUAGUCCUUAGAGGUGAGUAAUAGGUAGGGAAGCUGACGAAUUUUUGGUCACGUUGGUUGGGGUGGUAGAAACUGACACAGUUGUUGUAUUGAUUUUCAUUAUAGAACACUUUGGAAUCACGUGUUAGAUAUCCCACUGACGGCCCCAGCAGCGCCACGCAAGCGCGGGUCGAGAUCGUCUAGCACUGUGAAUGUGGUAGAAGCAGGAGAGAAUGGUUGCAUUCGGGCGAGUCCGUCGACGUCACCGACCAAGCGUCACAGAAUAACAGUUAUCUGAGGGACUUUGCUAGUAUGAAGGCAUAAGACCAACGGUAACUCCUAUUCAAUCUCGAUAAGCUAUUUUAUAGUAUUUCAAUGCUUGACCCUCACGAGGAGUUCGUGCUGUCUCCCAUAGUACUUGUUUGUGACCAUUGAAGUCUUCGGCUGGGAUCUGUGGAGAGGACCAGUUUGUCGUUGUCCAGUAGGUUGUCGGUCGCGUAUUUGGUAAUGUAAUUGCGUCAUAAUGGCUGAGGCUUUUCAAAAGUUUGUUUUUUAUAGGAACGCGAUUGUUGUAUGAAUAGUAUUAUAACAUCGAACUCGCGUGGGUCGCGUAGUGUGUCCCUCUCGUAGCCUUCAUCCUGAGCUGAUCUGAAAGAGGAAUGGUAUAGUAAUCUAUCGCGAAUCUCCCGUAUACUGUUACCGUUCAUUACACCGGUGUCCGAUGGCUCUAUAUUAUUGACGGCUCUGGGUUGAAGAGGUCGAGACUGUCACCUCUCGUUGGCCCUCCACAUAUUCGUCGUAA